AUUGGACGACUGCAUGCCACGUGCACAUUUCUUUUACUAUGCCACACGAGCACAUUUUGGGUAUCUGACAGCUAUUUUCUGCAGCACGUCUGAAGAGUCUCUGAAAGAUUUCGACUGCAGCUGCUGAGAAGCCUUUUGGAGCGUAAAUAGCGGCUGUUUAUAGUUUUUAAUGCAUUAGUUUUGGAACUGCUCUUUAACAACCACCAUGGCUUUGAGCUCGUUCGACAUCGAUGCACCACGAUGGGAUCAGUCCACGUUUAUGGGCCGACUGAAACACUUCUUCAACAUCACAGACUCUCGAACAGCCGUCCUGCCUGACUCACGUCUGGACGAGGCCAAAGCUUUAGUAGAAAGCUGCAGGGCAGGAUCUGUUCCUCCCGGCACUACAGAGGAGCAGCUCCACUAUGCAAAGAAGCUGUACGACUCGGCCUUCCACCCAGACACGGGGGACCGCAUGAACAUCAUCGGCCGCAUGUCCUUUCAGGUCCCCGGGGGCAUGGCCAUCACCGGCUUCAUGUUGCAGUUCUACAGGACAGUUCCUGCUGUGGUGUUCUGGCAGUGGGUCAAUCAGUCCUUUAACGCUCUGGUCAACUACACCAACCGCAACGCUGCCUCCCCCAUCACUCCAAAUCAGAUCGGAGUCGCCUACCUUACAGCAACCAGCACAGCUUUAGCAACCGCAGUCGGACUCAACCUUUACACAAAGAAAGCUCCUCCUCUCAUCGCUCGCUGGGUUCCUUUCGCAGCCGUGGCCUCCGCCAACUGUGUGAACAUUCCCAUGAUGAGGCAACAAGAAAUCCUGAACGGCAUUGCUGUCACAGAUGAAAAUGGCAACAAACUGGGCAACUCUACGAAAGCAGCGGUAAAAGGCAUCACACAGGUGGUCAUCUCUCGAAUCACCAUGGCUGCACCAGGAAUGAUCAUCCUCCCCAUCAUCAUGCAGAGGCUGGAAAAAUACAAGUUCAUGCAGAAAAUCACGUAUCUCCACGGACCACUACAAGUGAUGAUGGUGGGAGCGUUUUUGAUCUUCAUGGUGCCGGCUGCCUGCUCCCUGUUCCCCCAGAGAUGCUCCAUGGCCGUGUCGAAGCUGGAGCCCGAGCUGAGAGACUCCAUCAGGUCUCAGUAUGGAGACGCUGUACAAUAUGUCUACUUCAACAAAGGCCUCUGAGGCUCUUUUUAGCGUCAUUUAGUCAACACAACAACACCGAAUACGUACCUGUUUAUGUAGUUUGUCUUUAUUUUCUAAUUGUCAGUGAUGAGCGAUGAUAAUGAAAUACUCAUCGUUCAAAUGGGUGCUUAAUAGAAACUAGUGAAGGGGUGUUUUUUUUUUCUUUCUUUUUUCUGUUUUCUUUACAAUAAAACGAACAGAUCCGAGGUGCAUUGUGAAGUCCUGUUAAGAAACCAAAUGCUCUCUUCUCAGGAACUACGCUUUAUUUUGCCGGAUUAAAUCUCUCUUCUCUUCUGUGUUAGUUCGUCCUUCAUGGCGUGGCUCGUCUGCAGCUGUUUUUUAGUGUUUCGAUGUGAAUCUUCUGUAAUUGUGCAAAGCUCCCUUUUUCAAUCUGUGCCUUUUUAAAAAUGUGGCAGGGGCAACAACACUGCCGGGUUUUCUGCUUUUUCUUUCUUCCUUUUCCUCUUUUUUAAACUGAUUUUAAAACCAGAAACUACUUCUAUGCAUGGUUUACAGGAAGUGACAUAAUGAGAAAUGGACAAACAGUUUGAAACAGUGAUUGAGCGUGGCGGUGUGUAUGUGUGUAUGUGUGAGAGAGGGAGGCUGACGUGUGAUAAAGGUGGAGGAUGCCGCCCUCUUCUGCCAGAAUUGAGGUAGAGGUCUGACGUGUGUUGCAUUAUAAUCUGAGAGGUUUGAAUCAUUUCAGUGUGUGAACUCAGAUUUGUGCCACAGUUCUCAGAAUAAGAUGGAAUAAAACCACUCAAAUAUGUAAAAUACA